AUGGUGGAAGACGAUCCCAUCACCGAUGAUAAGCCCAAAGAAAAGCGUUUGAAGAAGAAGAAGAAGGUUAAAAAGUCUUCACAGGUAGAAACGUCUUCCGUCCAAGAAUCCUCGACAACUUCUGUCACAGAUGACGAGAUAAAAUAUCUUCGCUAUUCCGUAAGCGAACGCUAUCCAGCACCACGGCAGCUGUUUCUGAAAUUCGACAAGUCUAAUGAGUUUUCACUCAUUGUUGGAAAUGUGCCAGCUUAUCUGCCAAAGGGCUUCGUUGAAGGCUUCUUAAAGCAGUUUGUUCAAGUUCCCAUUACUGAAGUCGUCGAGCAAAGGAGCAACGCUCUGGACGGAUCUCUUAAUCACGGACAACUCACUUUAUCAGUGCGAUUUGAGGAUCCUAAGGCGUCAGCAUUGCGCUCUCCCAAUGUCAAGAAGCGGGGCCAUUUCGAGUUUGCGAUUUUGUCGACCCUGAAGUACCAUCAGUUCUGCAAAGUAAGAGCUACUGAUUCUGUUGCUCUCUAUCGCAGAUUAUUCCCAUCUGCUGAGGAAAUACAGAAAUCAGCCAUGGAUUUCAUCCAGAAGCAAGACGAAGAGAUGCAAGAGGCCAAGAAAGCGGCUAAACGCAAGUUAACAGAGCCAGAUGAAGAGGGUUGGAUAACCGUCACUAAAGCUGCAAAACGGGUUGGUAAGGUCAUGAAGUUGAAGAAGGACGAAGUGCCAUUCAUGGGUGGGCUUAAGAAGAAGAAAAAUCAUGUCGACAUCGCAUUUUAUUCUUUCGACAAAAAGAACACCAAGGUUAAAAAGCUAAAUGAGCUGAGAGAAAAGUUCAAUCAAGAUAAGAAGAGGAUAGCACUGCUGAAAAAUGCAAGGAAAUUCAAACCGGACUGA